GUAGCAGCCAUGUUUUUACCAGCUUUUAAGCAAGCAAGUCAUUCGGCUAAAAGUUUCUUCUUAAUUUGUGCACGCGAAUAUUCAAAAAAUUCCAAAAUGAGUUUACCUCGUGUAUUUUUUGAUAUGACUGCUGAUAAUCAACCAUUGGGUCGUAUUGUAAUGGAACUCCGAUCUGAUGUAGUACCAAAGACAGCUGAAAAUUUCCGUGCCCUAUGCACCGGUGAAAAAGGUUAUGGAUAUAAAUCAUCAACAUUCCAUCGUGUUAUUCCAAGUUUUAUGUGCCAAGGUGGUGAUUUUACUCAACAUAAUGGUACUGGUGGUAGAUCCAUUUACGGCAAUAAAUUUGAAGAUGAAAACUUUACUUUAAAACAUACCGAUCCUGGUUGCUUGUCAAUGGCAAAUGCUGGUCCAAAUACAAACGGAUCACAAUUUUUUGUUACCACUGUUAAAACAUCAUGGCUUGACAAUCGUCACGUUGUAUUUGGUAAAGUUGUAGAAGGUAUGGAUGUUGUCAAAAAAAUAGAAUCAUUUGGAAGUCAAUCUGGUAAAACUUCGAAAAAAAUUAUCAUAGCUGAUUGUGGACAACUAUAAAAUAAAUAAAAUUUAUAUAAAAAAACUAUACUAACACAAUAUAACUACAGUAAACUUAACAACAGUAACAUCAAAAUAUAAUUACAGAAAAAUCAGCAAUCAGUUUGAAAAUAAUUUAAGAUCCAGCUAAUUAUACAUAGUUUAUAUUAUAAAAUUAACCGUUUUCAAAAACUAAAAAAAGAUUAAAAUAAUAAAAUUAAAAAAAACUUGUAAGAGAACGUGUGUGAAUGUAAAUGAAAAAGAAGUAUAUGGAAAAUUAAAAAUUUUUCUAAUCAAAAAUGUAACUAUAUGAACAUUUUAGAAAAAAAGUAGCAUAAAGAUUGUAUGUCCACAUUUUCCGUUCAAAAGCAAAAUAAAAAAUAAAAGUUUUAAAUCAAUUGCAAGCAACAGCAAAUUUAAAAAAUAAAAUUUAUAUGUAUAUCCUUAAUCUUUUAAAAAUUAGAAAUUAAAAAAAUUUAAUAUAAAAUAAAGACGUACUAACUACUAUAUUUUGAAAAUUUUAACAAGAAAAUUCAUUUUAAUUUUCUUAUUAUUUAGGACAAUUAAAUGAAAAACUUAAAAAUUAAUUGCCGUCAGAUUUUUUUCAAUUGCAUUUUCCAGGACUAACAAGAAAGAUUUUUAAUCAAUUGAGGAAUAGCCUUAGUUAUGGUUUAAAAAAAAACCACUUCAAUCAUAAUAAAAAUUAAAAAUAGAAAAAUUAAUGAUAAACACGUUAAGCAAUAUUAAAACUUCCGAAAUUGUUGAAAUGUUUUAUUUUAUUCGGCAAUUAGUUUUAACUAAAUAUUUUCCAUUUGCGUUAAAAAUCUAAAAAUAAUUGUUUAAAAAAGACUUAGCGUGUGUAACAUUUUAAAAUUAAAUUCUUUAUAAUUUAAUAUUAAACAGCCUAGGGGCCUUACUAUUGUAUCUGCUAUGGUGAUUUUCUUUCAAGUAGAUUUCGUGUGAUUGCUUCUUUGUUUGCAAUUAAUCUUCGACAUUUUUAUAUUCAACUUUAAAAUAGCACAAAGAAAAAAUAAUUUAAAAAAGUUACCAAUUUUAGGUUGGUUGCAAUUAAUUUUUGACUGCAAUUAAUUUUUUUUGUUAUUUGAAUUUAAUUAAGAAAAUAAUGUUUAAAUUUAAUUAUCUAACCAUUAAUUAAGCUAAUUGAUUGAAUAAUUCUUGUAUUCAUAUGUAACAUUAAUUAAUUGUAUAAAAAAUGAUUGAAAAGUCAUUAAAUGUUGAUACGAUACAUAAUUCCGAAUUAUAAUAAAUCAUUCUGUAUUUCAAAUAAAUGUUGAGAAUCCAGCCUGAUAGUUGAGUAGCAAUAUAAGCUGAAAAGUAUAUCGUGUCAGCAAAAAAUAACUUUUUGAUUAUAUGCAUAUUUAGUGAAGUAGAAAGAUGUCAGAAUUUGAAUAUUGUAAUUUUUUUCAAUCUUUGAAUAUCGGUAAAAUACUUCUUAAUUACGGUUACUGUACUAUAGUCCCUUAUUUUAUGUACAAAAAUUAUAAUUUUAGACUCUUCAUAAUAACAAAAUUAACAAGUUUCCAGAUUGCAUUUUGAAUUUUUUCUGAUUAUUUUCGAAAUUUUUUAUGUAUUUUUUUUUAAGUAAAGAAAACGUUUAUCAGGAAAUAAAGUAAAACAAAAAAAGAACAAUUUA